GAAAACCAAGCCCAACCUGAAUUCACAGAAUCUGGAGACGAACAACAAAUGGAGACAGGAAAUGUGGAACAAAGUGUAACAGAAGUGAAAAUUACAGAUACCCCAUGUGAGGAUUACGGCAAUCCAGAGGAAGAGAGGCAGACAAAUGAAAACCAAGCCCAACCUGAAUUCACAGAAUCUGGAGACAAACAACAAAUGGAGACAGGAAAUGUGGAACAAAGUGUAACAGAAGUGAAAAUUACAGAUACCCCAUGUGAGGAUUACGGCGAUCCAGAGGAAGAGAGACAGACAUAUGAAAACCAAGCCCAACCUGAAUUCACAGAAUCUGGAGACAAACAACAAAUGGAGACAGGAAAUGUGGAACAAAGUGUAACAGAAGUGAAAAUUACAGAUACCCCAUGUGAGGAUUACGGCAAUCCAGAGGAAGAGAGACAGACAAAUGAAAACCAAGCCCAACCUGAAUUCACAGAAUCUGGAGACAAACAACAAAUGGAGACAGGAAAUGUGGAACAAAGUGUAACAGAAGUGAAAAUUACAGAUACCCCAUGUGAGGAUUACGGCGAUCCAGAGGAAGAGAGACAGAUAAAUGAAAACCAAGCCCAACCUGAAUUCACAGAAUCUGGAGACAAACAACAAAUGGAGACAGGAAAUGUGGAACAAAGUGUAACUGAAGUGAAAUCUACAGAUACCCCAUGUGAGGAUUACGGCGAUCCAGAGGAAGAGAGGCAGACAUAUGAAAACCAAGCCCAACCUGAAUUCACAGAAUCUGGAGACAAACAACAAAUGGAGACAGGAAAUGUGGAACAAAGUGUAACAGAAGUGAAAUCUACAGAUACCCCAUGUGAGGAUUACGGCAAUCCAGAGGAAGAGAGACAGACAUAUGAAAACCAAGCCCAACCUGAAUUCACAGAAUCUGGAGACAAACAACAAAUGGAGACAGGAAAUGUGGAACAAAGUGUAACAGAAGUGAAAAUUACAGAUACCCCAUGUGAGGAUUACGGCAAUCCAGAGGAAGAGAGACAGACAUAUGAAAACCAAGCCCAACCUGAAUUCACAGAAUCUGGAGACAAACAACAAAUGGAGACAGGAAAUGUGGAACAAAGUGUAACAGAAGUGAAAAUUACAGAUACCCCAUGUGAGGAUUACGGCAAUCCAGAGGAAGAGAGACAGACAAAUGAAAACCAAGCCCAACCUGAAUUCACAGAAUCUGGAGACAAACAACAAAUGGAGACAGGAAAUGUGGAACAAAGUGUAACAGAAGUGAAAAUUACAGAUACCCCAUGUGAGGAUUACGGCGAUCCAGAGGAAGAGAGACAGACAAAUGAAAACCAAGUCCAACCUGAAUUCACAGAAUCUGGAGACAAACAACAAAUGGAGACAGGAAAUGUGGAACAAAGUGUAACAGAAGUGAAAAUUACAGAUACCCCAUGUGAGGAUUAUGGCGAUCCAGAGGAAGAGAGGCAGACAAAUGAAAACCAAGCCCAACCUGAAUUCACAGAAUCUGGAGACAAACAACAAAUGGAGACAGAAAAUGAUUUCAAAGUGGAUGAAGAAACACCAGCUCAAAAUCAAGACGUUAAAGCACUUGAGCAUAAAACACUGAACAUUGAGGCAAAGGUAGAAGAUGACAUACUGCGUCAUAUCUUACAGUUGGCCAAUGAUGACAGCAAGAUGCAUAACAAGGCAGAUGAGGGUAAAACGGUCAAGAUGGAGAAGGGCACUGAGGCAAGUGAUAUCCCAUUAGCUGAAGAGAGCAACUUCCCUUUGUUCCAGAAUCCAAAGAAUCAAGUUGGUAUAGAGGCAAAUUCAGCCUUAACAAAGCUAAAUAUUGCACAUGUAAAUAACACGAGGACAAAGGAGAGUUUAAAAAUUGAAAGACAUAUGUUAACCCUCCCGCCCAGUUGUGCACAACUUAAGAUGAUCACCGGCGAUAUUUUAGGUGUCUCGUUUACAAAAUUAAAGCAGGAAGAAGUGCACACUCAGCAAAGCAGUGAACAGGAACCUAAACCUUGCACAGAAAUACCAGUACUUGAGAAAGAAUGUCUGAAGAAGGAAGUGCACUCUCCUGAAUGCUUCAAGGAGGAAGAAGAGAAAGGUCCUUUCGAGCAGAACCAAGAAUCUGAGAUGCUCACAGAAGACGAGGAACGACACCAAGAUCAGGCGCCUGGUGACCACGACGGGAUGAAGGAUGAUGAUUGUCUGCAAGAGCCUGAAGACUGUUCUUGGCAGUGUCCACUUUGAUGCUGCUCACCCAGAGAAUCACCUCUGUGUCUUUGGACCUUCAGGAGAAACGAGUCGUACUGACACCAUCCAAAAGGCAGACUUGUGUCACGCUUCUCCCUCUAAUCAACUACAUCCUCAAUUUUACCACACUGCUUGGUGGUCCUUUGGAUUCCUAUGGACAAUUCAUUACUCUAAUGGAGGGGAUCAACCUCACCUCGCCACCCAGUCCUCUAGGUGUAGUUUUCCUAAAGCUGAUGCAAGUAUUAAUGCUAGAGUGGGUUAGAUUUUAUCUUGUCUUUUUUCUGAAACAUCUUAUCCAUGAUUUCAACCCUGGCAUCCUCUAUGGCAGUGGUUCCCAAACUUUUUUUGCUGGGCCCCCCUUUGUUUUACAGAAAAGUGUUCUUCGCCCCCUCCCCCUUGCUCGCGCACGCACGCACGCACUAACACAUCCUCCAACCACACACACCCACACCCACGCACGCACGCACUAACACA